AUGUCGGAUGAGAAAACAAGUGGAGGCAAUGCGAUGGUACCCGUAAGUAGCCAAGGUAGCAGUAGCAGAUCGUUGCAAUGUCCGAAAUUGACGGACACAAAUUGCACUUCAUGGGCGAUUUUGGUGGAAACAAUCCUACGGGCGAACGGUCUUUGGGAGUCUUUACCGGAGGAUGUUUUGCUUCUGGUCGCAAAACACAAGUAUGCAAAGGACGUGUGGGAUUCAAUCAAGGUUCGUUAUCUAGGGGCUGAUAGAGUUCAGAAAGCUUGGCUAUCAAUUUUAAGAAGCGAUUUGGAAAAGCUGAAAAUGAAGGAGAGUGAGACACUAGACGAGUAUGCGGGAAAGAUAAGCGGGAUUGAAGCGAAGUUCAAGAACUUAGGAUCGACUCUUGAAGACGCAACUAUGGUAAGAAAGUUGUUAAAUUCCGUUCCUAAGAAAUAUAUGCAGAUCGUGGCGUCUAUUGAGCAGUACUCGGAUGUUGACACGAUGCCGUUUGAAGAGGCGGUCGGGCGAUUGAAGACGUACGAAGAAAGGCUUAAAUCCCAGGAUGACGAAGAAAAUGAUCAAGGCCAAUUAUUGCUUACAAAGGAAGAUUGGGAGGAAAGAACUAGGCGGGGUGAUUUUGAUCAACACGGACAAGGACGUGGUCGUGGUCAAGGUAGAGGUCGCGGUUAUGGUAGGGGUCGAGGUGGUCGGUUCCAAAGCAUUGAAGACCGAAAGGAUCAAGGUUGGUAUAGAGACAAGCGAAAUAUCAAAUGCUAUAAUUGUCAAGAAUACGGGCAUUAUGCGAGUGAGUGUCCUAAGAAGGAAACAAAAGAAGAAGAGGCGAAUUUGAUUCGAGACGAUGAUGAACCGACAUUGCUUUGA